AUGGGGUUAAACGACCGGCUGGGCGGUAUGUCGAACCCCGAUCUGGUCAGUUUGCUUGGUUCGACUGAUGACGGUGCGUACGACUUGCCGGAUGGCAACUACAACCCCUACCUGCAGGUCCCACCACAGUUCGACGCCCGCCAAAACUGGUUCCAGUGCGGCUCGAUUCAGUUCAUCCGAGACCAAGGUCAGUGCGGUUCAUGCUGGGCCGUGUCGACCGCGUCCAUAAUGUCUGAUCGUCUGUGUAUAAUCACCAAUGGUGUCUAUCAACCGUACGUCUCUGAUCAAUAUGUGACCACCUGUUGUACGGACUGCGGAAACGCGUGUCAAGGCGGAACUCCGUUCAAAGCAUUGCAGUACUGGCAGCAAGGCGUUCCAAAUGGCGGCCCUUACGGAAGCACUUGUGGCUGUCAGCCUUACACGAUCGGGAAUGACCCCAGUCAGUCGUCGUGUUCGCAGAACUGCAUUUCUCAGUAUCCCCUUACGAUGGACCAGACGAUGUCUACAGGAGGGACAGCGUACAAACUGAAACACGUUCAGCAUGCGAUGCAAGACCUGAUGUUGAAUGGCCCUUUCGUCACCCGUUUUCAUGUGUAUUCUGACUUUUUCUACUACAAAUCAGGAGUUUACACACACGUCUGGGGUUCGAAUCAAGGCGAUCACGCGGUCCGCGUAAUCGGCUAUGGAACAGAGUCAGGAAAGCCUUACUGGCUGGUCACAAACUCCUGGAAUGUUUCAUGGGGCGACAACGGACUUUUCAAAAUCCUGCGCGGAAGCAACGAAUGCGGAAUAGAGGAUCUGAUGUCUGGCGUGUACCCAAACGUGCAGGCCGCUUUGUACAAGGAAAUGUCUCAGGGUCCUCAGUGCUUUUGA